CUAUUUUCUGCAUGUACAUUUUGUAGUAAAAUGAAUUAUAGCUACCAUGCGACAGCCAAGAUAGCAGACUGCCCUGCGCGCUAACUAAAUACACAUUAGCUAACCAGAAACUGCCUAGCUAGCUAAUGUAGACAUAACGUUACAUUUUUACAAUCACUUCUCUGUCGGAACUAGCUAACGUUAGCUUGUUAAUUGUAGGUUGUUUAGCUACCUUAUUAGCUCAAAACAAUAAUGUAAUUUAGUGAUUUAGUUUGGGACCAACUACCGGAUUAAUCUAACAUGUUUUUGCUUUGCCUGUGCUGACUGUUACAAAUUUAAAAGUCGCGGUUGCUUCACGUUUGGGAGGUGACGACGUUGGCUGCGAUUACGGUUUACUAACACGUUAAUGAUAGUUUGCAUCGUUAACUAGUGUAACUAGCCAGCUGAAUUGCUUCUUUAGACUCCAGGAAAAAACAUGUGAAUCGGUUUUUACUUGAUUUGAAUAUGUUAUUAUGGGUUAACUGUAUGAAUCGACUUGAAAUGGCUAGAUAUGUAAUAUUUGCUCAUAUGAAAUUAACAAUAAUAUUAGAAUUUGAACGUAACGUUAUUUGUUUUUCUGAUACUUGUUACUGAUAUUUGUGGGUAGCCGCCUUGGUAACAGACUGGAUCAACGUUUCUUCCUGACUGUAAUGACAGUGAGCGAGUGAGCCAUCCAAAAUAAUUCACUAGAACCGAUGUUAUCUUCCUGCAAGCCAUGGUCUGUUAAUAUGGCUUAAUGCCGGUUGAAACAUGUUAUAUUAAUAUUGGUGUUUUGGCAUUCUACUAAAGUUACUAGUCAAGGGAUGGGAAAGACGCAUGCUGUGGUGAUCCUCCGGUGGCACCUCAGUGUCAGGUAGUGAAGGCCAAAGGCAAUGCAGUCUGCUAACUGUCAUCUGGGCAUCCACCAUAUACAAUGAAGAAGAUAUUCAACUUCACCAAGAAAAAGAAAGGAUUCUCACCUAACACCUCAGACACUGGGAGUGUGCUGUCUGUGGGCUAUGACUUGAAGGAGAAGGACCUUGGAAAGGUACACAAGGCUGCUUAUGGGGGUGACUUGGCCAAACUGAAGCAUCUGGCCAAGAAGAAUGACAUCAAUCAGCUUGAUAAGGAGAACAGAACAGCACUUCACAUUGCCUGUGCCAAUGGACAUACAGACGUGGUCCAGUUCCUGGUUGAGAGCAAAGCCAAGCUCAACCUAUGCGACAAUCAAAACAGAUCCCCGUUGAUGAAGGCAGUGCAAUGCCAGCAGGAACGCUGCGUGGCCACGCUGCUAGAGCAUGAUGCCGAACCUAAUCUGGUGGACAUCAAUGGCAACACGGCCCUGCACCUGGCCUCCUGCAUACCUGCCUUCUCCACCGCUAUGCUGCUGCUGGAGCACGAGGCCAAUGUCAACGCCCAGAACAAGGAGGGAUACUCCCCUCUGACUAUGGCAGUGAAGGAGAAUCAUGCCGAGAUGGUCGAGUUCCUCCUCAAGGAGGGGGCCGACGUCAACACUAAGGACCAGGGACACAGGUCCCCAUUGAUGAUCGCUGCUUGCAAUGGACAAAUCAGUAUGGUGCGGCUACUCCUGCAGUACGACGCAGACAUCACCUUAAAGGACAAUAAUGGAUGGUCGUCCGAUGACUAUGCUGUGAUGAAUGGACACCACGCUUGUUCCCAUCUCAUUAUUGAGCAUGGCACCAAGAGGAAGUCCAUGCCAUCUCCCGCCCACGCCCCUGCCAAAAAGAAGCGAGCUUCCAUGUUGUGCAGCCCUUCCGAAGAAGCAGGCUUCUCUCUGGGGGGACCAGCAACUGACAAAGAUGAGCAAGGAGCAAGUGAAGGAGGGAGAGAUGUUGAAGACAAUUCGCAAACGGAGUCAAUAAGCCGGGCGUCAAAAAGUGCAGCAGACGAUUCCUGGCCAUCCUCAGAUGAAGAGGACGAAUUGGAUAUAACCCAAAAGAAACAUCCAAAGCUAAACCUAAAGAAUCUGAUGAAUGCCUCCAAAAAGGGAAAGAAUGACGCUGUAACCGAUCUCGAAAAGCCAUGGAGCGGCCCUGAGGCCAAGUGUGAGAGCGAGAACCAAGUCCAGAGAAACUCAUCCCUCCCCAAGGCUUUCCCACCCAGCAGUGCCCCCCAGCACCUAGUCUCCCCCUCACCCUCUGCCUCCUUUACCUCCAAACCUGCCCAGAUGAUCUCUACCUGUCUCCAGAGUUCCAGAAAGGAAAAAGAUUCCACAGAGGAUGAAGAAGAUUAUGAUGAAGACAGAGGUGGUGAUGAAGAAGAUGAGGAAGAGAAAAGCUUCAAGGAGGAUAUGGGAAAGACAAAAUAUCAGACAGAAGAGGAGAAAGAUGAUUCCCUUGUUGAUGAUUCACCAGUCCCUGGAAGUCAAGACACCUCCAAAGAAAAACAAAGAGAUUUCCUUUCUGAGUUGGGUUUGGAGAAGGGAGAUGAUGAGGAAGACUCAUGGGACACUGAGUCUGGCUCUGUCAGUCCCAGAAAACAUCAUGGCCGAGAUCCUGCAAAGGUGCCACAUGUUUCCAUUAUUUCAGGGGAGAACAAAGAAGUUUUAAGAAAUUAUGAUAAUGAUGCCGACAAUGACAAUGUCCCAGAAAAGCCAGAGAAAAUCAAAAGGGAAACUCUGUCCAUCUUGACCAAGCUUGAACUGUCCAAAAAAGAUGCUGACAAAAAGACUGACAUAAUGGAGGAGCUUGGGUUGGGUGAUGUUGAUGAUCUUGAAGAUGCCUCUGAUUGGGACACGGCCAGCACCGCCAGCAGGAGAACCCUCCCCGGCCAUGGAGUGCCUUCCCCCGGUGGCGAGGAGCUGAGGGAGGAGGCCUCUUCCCGAUCCCCCGUCCCUCUGCCGGCUGUCCAGGAGCAGGAGCCAGAUGCAUUAAUAGCGGAGAGGAGCGGUCCUGAGGAGAAGAGACACUUUCUUUCGGAGAGACCCCUCCCAUUGGCCAGCCCGCGCUCCCUUACCCCUCAAACCCAACCCCAGCCCUGUGCUCGGAAGAUGCUACUCCAGAGAACAGAGAGUGAGGAAGACUUUAAUUGGGAUUCCAACCACGUGAAUACCUCCACCCCCAGCCCAGUCAGGACUGGGAAGCAACUACCAAACGUAACAGAGACCGUCGCAGUGUUGAAACCUAAUAACCCUCUGCAUGAGCCCUCGCCAGUGAAGCAAGAGAGCGAAAGCAGUCCAGAGCCAGAGGAGCAGGCACAGGAGGAGAAAGACGUUGCAUCAGAGUUAGACGUGGGCGAAGACGAGACAAAGGCCAACAUGGAGGUGCUGCAAAAAUCAAGUGCCUCACGGGUUGCUGGAGGAUCAAUGAGCAGGCGAUGUGAACGUGAACUAGACAAAGAAAAAGAGGAGAAACCUGAGACCAGUUUAGCACACCCUAAAGUGUCACGCAGUGGAAAUGGAGCAACAGACAGUGAACAUCAGCUCAGAGCAACAGACCGUAUUACCCAAAGACACGGGUCCAAAAGUCCAAAGAGGGCCCUGGAGGACCAACUACAUCAGCAGCAGAAGAACGAGGAGGGAAGAGCUGUAUCUAACGAGGCCACCUUACAGUGUCCCUUUCUGGGGGGAGCCAGGCAUGGCCGAGCCCCCCAGGCAGCUAACCAUGUUAACGCAGGAGACCCCCUCUCAGUGUUUGACGAUAGUACUUUAAGUGAAGUGUCGGACGAUGAUGGAAGGGCUCUCUCUGCAUGGCAUCAGAAAGACAAGACUGCUGGCGAGAUUGAGAUGGCGGAGGACUUUGAUGAGCUCACACAGUCAUCGGACACGGCCACAUCUGACCUCGAAGACCCCACCUCUGGCUACCGUCACGCCUCUUUUCUCAUCAAACAGCUCGAUUCUGCCACUUUAGACUCUGUGAGCAUCGUGAAGCUCCAGAACAUGUUCCACGAGUAUGAGCGCACGAUCCAGAGGGAGCGGGGCCGCCAUGGGCACCUCUCUGACAAGGUGAGCCAGCUGGAGGUCGAGAAGCGCGAGCUGAUGGCCUCACUGGAGGAAAGCCGGGACAGCAAGCAGGCCCUGGAUCACCGGCAGCUUGAGCUGGACACGGACCUCAACAACUUUAAGUUCCAGCUGAAGCAGGAGCAGGAGAAGCACCGGAACGCCUCCAUGCUGUAUGACAAGAACCGGGAGAUGCUGCGGAGGAAGGAGGAGGAGCUACGGGCCGAGGCAGAGGAGAAGCACAAGGUGGAACUGGCCAUGAGGAACCUGGAGCUGGAGAUGAGGGCCAUCCUUAACAACAUGAAACAGUCGGAGGAGGACCGCAGCGAGACCCAGAGGCUGUUGACCCAGGAGCGAGGUGCCCGAGCUUUGUCGGAGACCCUCCUCAACAAUCACCUCCGCAAGCAGCAGCAGAUCGAGGAGGAGAACAGGAGGACCAUCAGUAAGAGCAACGAGGCCCUGUCCCAGUUGACGGAGGCCACUGACCGGGAGAGGGAGCUGCUGCAGCAGAGCUCUGUGCUCCAGGACGAGCUGAGCUCCCUGAGAGCUGAGCUGGAGCGCUCCUGCUCCCACAGUCGCCAGGAGGAGUCCCGCCGCUCCGAGGAGAGCGAGGCUUUGAGGGAGCGCCUAGAGGACGCCCGGCGCGACCUCAAACUCAAUGAGGAGGCGCUGGCCCAGACAGUCUACCAGUACACCAGCCAGGUGACCGCCGUCAAGGCCGAACUGGCUGUGGCUUCCACACGGCUGGAGCACGAGCGCCAGGUGAGGGAGCAGCUGGAAGCCGAAGGUGAGUCAGCGAGGACGCGGCUGACUGGCGCUCUUCAGGAGGCAGAGAGAUGCCAGGUGGCACGCGCUGACGCCGAAAGAGCUCUUCAUCGCGAGCGUGAGGGGCACCAGCGUGCCCAGGACAAGCUUACGGGCGAGGCAGCGAACAAACGCGAGGCGGUGGGUGGGCUGUCGCAGAAACUCGCUAAGGCAGAAUUACGUGCAAACGGCCUCGAAAAUGAGGUGCACCGCAUCACAAUGUCGCUUGCAGAGAUGGAGCAUGUGGUCGCCACGCUGCAGAGGGACAAGGAGCAAAUAGGGGGGCGAGUGAAGGAGCUUGAGGCAACUCUACAGACAGAGAGGGAGCAGGCUGGGAGAGUGUGCGCCCGGCAGGAGACGCUGCAGGAGAGGCUGGCGGCGGCACAGAGCGAGGCCAUGCUGCUGAGGCAACAGCUGGAGGAGGCCCAGAACAAAGGGAUGGCGAAGGAGAAGGCGGUGACGGACGCCCAGGAGCGCUUUGGCGACCUGCUGGCUAAGCUGCGCUCGGACGGGGAGGAGCGUGUGCAGCUGGUAGAGGAGAGGAGCAAGGAGCUGGCCACCAAGGCUGCCGACCUCCGCGACCAGGUCUACAAGCUGGAGGAGGAGAAGAACGACAGAGAGACCAGUUUGAGGCAGCUGCAGCAAGAACUCGCCGACUCACUGAAGAAGCUGUCGAUGAGCGAGGCUUCCCUGGAGGUGAACACACGCUACCGCAAUGACCUGGAGGAGGAGAAGGCGCGACUGCUCAAGGACAUGGACCGCCUUAAGGGGAAGCUGGAGGAGAGCGAGGACCAGUACGUUCAGGCGGAGCGGCGCAUCAAAGCUCUGAAGAGCAGUCUAGAUGAGAAGGAGAGAGAGGUGGUCACCGCCUCUCAGAAACUGCAGGAGGUGCUGUCUGCCUUUGCAGGCUCAGACACCACCAUUAAACAGCUGGAGGAGGCAGUGCAGAGAUUGGAGAUUGAGAAUGCCAGGCUGGAGGCAGCAGCAAAGCAGCAGACCAACAAGAUCGAGGCACUGCAGAAAGGAGUCCAAGACUCUGCCAUGCCAUCUGACUCUGCAGCAGGAGGAGGGGUCAGGAACCGUCUGGAGGACUUGGUGACUGGCCUGCAGUGCAGCAAGAUGACCCUGGAGGACCAGCUCAGUCAGGAGGUGCAGAAGCAAAGCAUGCUGUCCCAUAACGCCCAGGACUCCCAUGCGCUGUGGGAGGAGGAGCUGAAGAGCCGCUCUAAGCUGGGUCUGCGUCUGGCUGAGCUGGAGAAGGAGAAAGGAGAGCUCAGCAGCCAGAUGGAGUUAGAGAAGAAGAAGGCCAAGAAGAUAGGGGAGCAGAAAAAGUCAGUGGACACCAGAUUGGACCAGGAGAUGAAGAGAAACUCAGAACUACAGAAAGAAAUGUACAGGCUGCGGACACUGGUGAAGACGGCUAAGAAGAAGCUGCGGGAGCAGGACGGUGCCGGGGCUGAGUUUGGAUCGCCCAUGAGCAGCAUGAGAGGGGAGAUGGGCCACAGACAGACUGAGGCUGACAUCAGCAGGAUGAAGGACAAGGUGGAUGACCUGUCAGUGCAGCUGGAGAAGGAGGUGUCUCGCUGCAGCCAGCUGGAGAGGGUCAACGGGGAGCUCAAGGAGAAACUGACCUCCUUGAAGGGCCUGGGCCGCAGCAACGAGCGGCUCGAGCGUAGCAAGAGGCACCUGGAGGAGGAGUUGUUGGGCCUGCGGCGGCAGGUGGAGGCGGGGGUGAUGGACCAGACCCUGGUGGAUCAGUACCGACGAGACGCAGAGGAGAGGGCCCGCCAGGAGAUCAGACAGAAACUGGAGGAGGUCAACCUCUUCCUACAGACCCAGGCGGCGUCCCAGGAGGCGUUGGAGCAGAUCAAGGCAGCAAACGAGGCCAGCUUGCGCUCCACGCUGGAGCAGCGUAUCCGGGAGCUGGAGGGCGAGCUGGGCAGAGCGCACUCCACACAGCACGACAGCAUGAGCCUGCGAGACUCCACCCGCACAGAGCUGGAUCGCUACAGGGAGCUCUACACUGAGGAGCUGCGUCUCCGCAAGGCCCUGGCUGUCAAACUAGAGAGGUCCAAUGAGCGGCUGGCGGAGGCCAACACCAAGCUGAUGAGCGAGCGCCACCGCAGCAAGUCCCUGAUAGCCAGCAGCAUUGUCAAUGGCAGCCUGGGCGGGCCUCUGGACAUGGGCUCCCUGGGGUCGGUGGGGGCCUACGGGGCAACGCUGGGGCCCCUCAACAGGAGCCUGGGAGGGCCUCUCCUUAGCCCCCUGGGGGAUGGGGGUCAGAGCAGCAGGGUGGAGGCUUACCUGGCUAAGAUGCAGAAUGAAUUGGAGAGAAACAUAUCAAAGGAGUUGGACCAUGCGACAGCAGAGCUUGAGUGCUCUGCCCGGAUGUCUCCGGUGGGCUCUGCCUCGGGCUCCCCUACUAGCCUGGGUUGGGGUCUCGGUGUGGUGGAGGACCCGGUCAGCAGGGCCACACAGCAGUACCUGGAAGUUCUUAAGAAAAACUAUAUGAUUUGACCAACCCAUAGCAGGGCCAGGCAGCACUGGGCUACCCAAAGGGAGCCACAACUGUCCACUUUACCAUGACCUGGGUGGUGUUUAUUAGGGCACGCGAUGGGAAACGUUUUGCAAUGGAAGGCAAAAAAUGACGUUUUUAAGUCCAGGUAUUCCUUCCGUUUCAUUCUGUUUUCAACCGUUUGGUGCUCCAAUGAACAUCACCCUGGGCCACAUCAAUGCAAGCUUAUAUAAAAAGAACAUGCACAUUGAGAAAAACACUAAAGGGUAAAGCCACUCCACUAUAACACAUUCCCCCCCAAAAAUGUUUACUCUUUAUUCUACGUCUUUUAAGAAAGGAAACAGACGUGAUGCACAUUGCACUUACAGUGCAUUCGAAAAGUAUUCAGACCCCUUGACUUUUUCUACAUUUUGUUAAAUUACAGGCUUAUUCUAAAAUGGAUUACAUCGAUUUCCCCCCCAUCAAUCUACACACAAUGCCCCAUGACAAACCAACAACAGUUUUUUAGAUAUGUUUGCAUAUGUAUUAAAAAUGUAAAACUGAAAUUUCACAUUUACAUAAGUAUUCAGACCCUUUAGUCAGUACUUAUGGCCUCAAACGCUACAAGCUUGACAUACCUGUAUUUGGGGAGUUUCUUCCAUUCUU